CUAAAAUCAAACAGUAACGAGAGAGCUCAGAACAGAGUAAGUCACCGUAACAAUGGCGGAAUCUCCAACACUGGAUCCGGAAUCUCCCUAUUAUCUCGAUCCAGAUUAUCAAUCCAACGAGAAUCUACCAAUGGCUAUACUAAGCAAAUCCGAAGACAACUACUUCAUCUGGAAGAAUGAUUUUCUCCUUUUCCUUCAAAGCAAGAGCAAAACCGGGUUCAUCGAUGGUACAAUCGCGAAACCGGACCCUUCCUCACCGAUCUAUCAUCCAUGGAAGACAUGUAACGCGAGAGUCAAGUCUUGGAUGAUGAGUUCGUUAAGCGAAGAGCUUCGAAACUAUGUACGGUUUGCGGAGACUGCGCAUAAAGCUUGGGAAGAUCUCCGAGUGUUAUUUGUACCGAGUGUUGAUUUUAAGAUCUACGAACUUCGUCAGAGACUCGCGAUGUUGAGGCAAGAUGGUGACUCUGUGGGUAGAUAUUUCGCCAAGUUUAUGAGAGCUUGGGUUGAGUUGUUGGAGUAUGAUCCUGUGCCGGAGUGUUUGUGCGGUUGUUGUAACUGCGAGAUUGCGAAACGAGCUAAAGAGGCGAGAGAGAAUGAGCAGCGUUACGCGUUCCUGAUGGGCUUGGAUAAAGGUUUAAGCUAUGUGAGAACGCAGAUCAUGCUUAUGAAUCCUCCUCCGUCUCUUCAUCAAGCUUUUGUUCUGUUAGAUAAAGCAGAAUCGAUGAUGAAAUCGACCCUGAGAUGAAUAAUUUAGGAAUCAGGUCGAUGAUCAUAAUAGCUUUUCUCUAUGUUUUCUUUAAAAUCUGAGUGUUGCUUCUUGAGGUUUUGUUUUGUAACUACUAUGGUUUAUCAAUAUCUCUGCUUAAGUUAAGGAUUGAUGAUCUAAUAGGAUCUCUUAAGCAUAAAUGUUGUUGAAUGUCAUGGUUUGAUGCUCUGGGUUUUAAAUGUUUAGGAAGACAAAAGGGAGAUAACUAGAUAAGCAAUAAAGAAAUGACUUACUU